AUUUUCUCAUCAGCUUUCUGCUGAACGCACGCUCUGAACCGAGGCUGCUCAGAGUUUUAUUGACUUCAUUUUCACGGGACCGUGUUUGUCGCUGUUGGCUGGCGGUCGCUUCUCUGAGGACGCAGGAGGAUUCCUGAUACACCGUGUGAUGGCGUGUGUUAAUUUAUCUAUGGAUGUGAUGGAGGAUCACUCGGCGCGACGUGGGCAUCGGGAAGACGAGGGCCCACUGAUUAAACAUUACAGAGUCUCUGAGCUCAUUCCUGCCCCAGAACUUCCUCUGCACCAGCUUCUGAAGAGAGAACCGGCAGUCUGGGCCGCCGUGCAGAUCAGCAGUGGUGUUUUGAGCAUUGGACUCGGAGUCAUGUUUGCUGUGUCCUUCCCAAUUAAUCACCUGUUCCUCAUCUUGUUCAGAGUCCCCAUCAUCACUGGCAUUCUGUUCCUGAUUGCUGGACUUUUCUCCAUGCUGCUCUACAGACACCCCACAAUCUUACAGAUGUGUUUUCACUCCAACAUCUUCUGCCUGGUCGUAGCUGCGAUUGGAGCCGUGCUGCUGUGUGUGGAUUUAGCCGAGUAUAACGCUAUCCGUGACCCUGUGAAGCAGGAGAAAAAGCUGGAACAUGAGGUGGAAAUCCUGGUGCUGUGUGUGACGUUGCUGGACAUGCUGGUCUCCACCGUCCUCAUCCUUCUGAUUAACGCAGAGAAACGCCGUCACGAGAAGAAAUGACUCCGCUCUCAGCUUUAAACCCAGAAGGAAACUUAAUCCGCUGCAAGUAACUGAUCAAAGUCCGGUUAUUUAAACGGACGCGCUAAAGCUUCUUCAUCCCAAUAUUUCUUCGUGAGAACGGCCUGAAAGCGUUCAAGCUGAAAUCGUAGCUGAGAAUAUAUGAGGCAGUUUGUUUGUCUUUUGUUUGUUUUACAUGUUACACUUGCAGCGUAUAAAUAAAUUCGAUAAAAAAAAAUAUUUCGAUGUAAACCUACAGAAUCUUUGAAUCUUUUCGGUAAUCAAGUCCGAUUAUACUUUAGUGUUUUCGCCCUUUCAAGCAGAGCACGAGUUCCACUGAGGCUGAAACUCGAGACUUACUUUCCCUUCGCCGUCAUUUAUUAAACAAAAGAAAUCGUAAACUCUGUUCAGUCUAGGACAAAAUGUCAAGGAGUCGUUUGGCAGCUGAAAGAGUCAAAUGAUGUACUGACUCACUGGAAUGAACCAGAAUUCCUGUCACUGGUAUAACUGCAGAUAUAUACAGUAUAUAUACAGUAUAUUAUACAUAUAUAUAUAUAUAUAUAUAAACAUCUGUGAUGUGCUGUUGUAAUAAAAUACUCAGUGAUGCAGUAGUGUGAUAAAUAUAUAUAUAUACACACACACACACACACACACACACACACAUAUAUAUAUAUAGCAUCCUAUGACCGCCCGAGUGUUUUAUUCCUUCACCGCAAAUGAUUACAAAUUUUAAUUUACUAAAAAAGAAUAUGUCAAACUUUUUAUACAUCUACAGUCCUGUUUGAGGUUGUAGAACGUCCACAGAACAAGUUCCCAUCUGUCCCCGUUCUCUCAUAUUUCCGGUCCUAUAACCACUCGCCUGUAAGCGCUAAUACAGAGCCUGUACCAUGUGAAAAUGUUUUCACACCCUGAACACGCACCCUGAAGCUUCUGCUUUUAGUGGGUCUCAUGUAAGCGCGGGUGAACCGGCAACUAAAACAGGAAUUAUUACGACAUUUACGAACAACCAAUGCAGAAGUGAAGCUUAACUGCUUCAGCUUGCAAGAAAUGAAUGAACACCCUUGAAUGGAACGGUGUGAUUGUAUAAUAUCCGAGAAUCCGUCCCGGUGUCACAGGUUUACAAUUUACGAUGUCCGAUUAUUAUUACCGUAUUUAGAAAAAAUAAUAAAAUAAAAUAUAUACAAUAUAAUGCUGAUGCGGCGAAUUAAAAAAAGUUCAGAGUUCAGAAGAAUUGCUAGAAUGUUCUUUAAAGUGGACAAAAAAUUGUAUACUUUAUAACGUAGAACAUGUGUGUAUAUAAAAUAUAUUUGCUGUUAAUUUAAUAGAACUUAAUAAUAGUUUAAUACUAGGGGUGGAAUUUAAUAUUAAUUUUAAUAUCAAUGCCAUAAGUUCGUAUUCCUUUAAUGUGUUCGUUUCAUUGAAUUAACUGAACAUAGAGAAAGUUAGUUCAUUUUGUCAGUGUAUUAUUUAACGCUGGUAGAGUUUAGACGUAAAAGCUGGAAACUUCUGCUUUUGUGUUUUCUUGCUGCAAUUGUGUUCUCUGCGCUUGCAGCCUGCGGUUCGUGUGGUGGUCGAGUCGAAUAGAGAAGUGCGAGUGGUGUGAAGUUCGUUUGCAGUUUCUCAAGGCUUUUUACAUCUUUACUCGAAUACUAAUGAAUUAAACAUGCAAAAAAAAAAAAAGAUGAAUAAA